UCAGUCUCGCCAUUACCAGUACCACACACGCACUCGCUAAUUGCAAUUUACAACCAGCAGCACCAAUUUGUUCUCUCUUGUCUGCAUUCCUGCACCCGCUUCAGAACUAGCUAGGUAGUCAAGGAGUUCGAAAGAAGCUAGCCAAAAAGAUGAAGGCCAAGACGAAGAUCAGCAAGGCUGCCGACUUCUUGAGGAAGGCGGUGCGGGCGCUGAGGGGCAGGGCCGACGUCCUCAGGGCGCGGCUCCUCUUCCUCGCCUCGCUCCGCCACAGGACGGCAAUGGUCGGCACCGUGUCGCGCCACCUCCGCGCCCUCAUGCCGGGCCGCCAGAGAGACCCGGUGCACGACCACCGCAAGGCCCUCGCCUCGUCGACGAUGGCGGCGGAGGAGGACGGGCAGGCCGCGAUGCAUGGAGUCGACGUCCCAGGCCUCUCCGAGCUGUUGCAAGAAGUGGUCGGCGACGACGAUGAUGGCCACUGCGGCUACCCGGACUGGACGCACUCACUGUUCGACGACGACGAUGCCGACUGCAACCUCCAGGAGGGCGACGAUGUUGACGACGAACGCGGUGGUGGCGCGGAGGCAAUGGAGGAAGAUCGGCUGCCUGACGACGAGCCGUCGGUGAUGGACGUCAUCAGGAGGUGCAGGGAAGGGGACGGAAUGGAGUUCAACAUCGAGGAGGAGAUCGACCACGCCGCUGACAUGUUCAUACGGCGGGUCCGCAGCCGAAUGAGCAACCGGAGCUUCUAGACGUCCGGGGCCUUCGAUUGGUUUGUUUCUUCGUGACUGAGCUUUCAAUGCGCUUUUAGUGGGCUUCCAAAUGUCUAGUACUACUACAUAACUCGGUUAAACAUGGUAUAUGACAGAUGCAUGUUU